AUGUUGGCUCUCUACCUGAUUACAGUUGUCUUUGUCGGAUGGCUGGUUUACCGGCUGCACCUCGACCCCCUCUCGCAUAUCCCCGGCCCGUUCUUAGCUAAAUUCAUCCCGAUUUGCAACAUUCGAAUGUUCCACACGGGGCGAGUGGUAUUUACUUUCAAAGAGCUGCACGACACCUAUGGACCUGUUGUUCGCAUCGGACCUAGUGAACUGUCAUUUGCGACCGUCACAGCAUUUGAUAGUAUCUAUGGAUUCGAAGGUGAUAGGAAUUUCGCCUUCCUUGGAAGCCGAAAGGCUCUCCUGGCAAAUAUGGCCGGCACCGAGGAAUCGCUGGGUAACACUACGAGCAAGGAAAGCCGCCGGAAGCUUCGACCCUUGGUGACCAACACACUAAAAGAACUUACGGCUGUUAGUGCUGAGCGGUACUGUCACUUGGCCUUGGGCGAGCAACUGGCAGCCCAUCAUGUGGGUCAGACUGAAUCAACACCCAUAUCCCUACACACGAUGAACUACCGGUACCUAUGGCAACUGGCCAACAUGGUGGCCUUUGGCAAUCGUGGCCGGGAGGAAGACCGAUACAAUUUCAACUCCCACGUCAGAUGGCCCACUCUUUUCAUAUCCUUCAUGGAGUCGCUCUUCGUCUUUAUGUCCCGGGCGACCAUCCAUCAACAUGUGACUACUGUCUUCAAAAUAUUUCAAGCCAUUUGCUUUGUCUGUGGACAAAACACCCAGUCACCACAGAUCAACUUCAUUGACGAUGAGUCUACUUUCCCAGACAACCAGCGCAGUCGAUUGCGACAGGCAGCCAUUAAGGCUGGGCUUCAUGAUGUCUCUGAGCUCUCGUUGCUAAUCAACUGCAUGAUUCUCCGAUUCAGUAUAUAUGGAACGUCCGAUCAUAUGAUGAACGCAAUAUUCUACUAUCUGCUGCGGAAUCCUCAGUGUCUGAAACGGCUGGAAAUGGAGGUGUUGUCCGUGGGAACCUCGGUCGAGGAGCUGUCGGAUGACCGUCUGGCCAAGUUGCCCUACCUCAACGCUUGCAUCAACGAGACCUUCCGCAUCGCGCCAGCCUUCAAUGGAGGGAUUCUACAGCGAGUAUCCUGUGGAGCCACCGUUGAUGGUAUCUAUGUUCCGCCGGGGGUUGCGGUGACGGUCGACAAUUACACCCUGGGUCAUUCCGAACAGUACUGGGAAAAUCCGGAUGACUUUUGCCCGGAACGCUGGCUUGAAUCAAGCGGCAAGGACGUCUUCAAGGCAUGUCGACCCUUCCUUAUCGGCACACGUCAGUGUCCAGGGCGCCAGAUGGCCUAUCAGAUGUUCCGUAUCCUCGUCGCCAAGCUCCUGUACCUUUACUCUAUGGAAUUGGUCAACAAGGACUUUGACAUCAAGCGGGACACACUCUGCACUUUACACUGGACUGGUCUAGAGGUAGAUGUAAUUAUGAAGCCACGCACACCAGGAAUCCUUGGCUACUGA